AAGAGUCUCUGUCGAGGCUCCGACAAUCUUUAAAAUUUUACUAAAAAUAUCCCCAAAAAUUUUCAAAAGCGGUUUGCUCUUUUUUUGAAAGUUCUAUGGCGGAUGAGAAGGAGAUUAUUGAUAUUUGUAGUUUCCAUGCAGAAAACGAAGAUGAAGAAAAUGAUAUAGACAGUGAGACCAGCGAAGAAGACGAGGAAGAAGAAGAUGAUGAUGAUGAAGAAGCAGAAGAAGAAGAAGAAGAAGAAGAAAAAGAAGAUGAUGAUGAUCAGAGCUUGAGUGGAGAUGAUAGCGAAUGGAGUGAAGAUGAUUCCACGGAUUCAAAUUCAGACUUUGAUGAUGACGAAGAUGAAGAUGACGACGACGAGGAUGAUGAGGAAGACUCUCUUGUAGAUAAAGUCACUCGCCUGCUCAAGGGUUUAUCUAUUUAGGGUUUAUGAAUCUUGAUUGCUUCCUUUUGCAUCAGAGUCUUGUUGAACUUGUAUAGACUUAUUAUUCUAAGUUUAAUAAUAACGAUUGAUU